AUGCGCUUCGCCUUCUUCGCUGCCGCGGCCACCUUUGUCGGGUCGGCCCUGGCCUCGCCGCUCGCCGGCAACAGCACCAAGGCGUGCCUGUCCGCGCAGGAGGCCAAGGACGUUGUCGGCAUCUACCAGCAGCUCAUUGCCAACUACACCGACCCCGUCUGCGCAAAGUACUGCGCCGACAACUUUGUCGACAACUCGGACAGCAUCAACUCCUUUUUGCUGCAGCCGCUGGGCGAGCCCACGUUUGCGAACAAGACAAUUUUCAUGGACGCGCAGGCCCUGAACCCGCCGUUCCCGCUGGUCGUCGACUCGAUCGACGCCGUCGACUGCGACGUGAUUGCGCUGCGCUGGCACGCGACCUUUGGCGACGCCAUGAAGCCGAGCAAGGGCAUCACGAUUCUCAAGAACACCUACGAGAAGGGCUGGUGGCAGAUUAGCGAGAUUGACGUCGAGUUCAACUCGCUGACCUGGCUGCUGGACAUGGGCGGCAACUACACCUGGACGGGCUGA